UCAUGACGAGUUUAAUUUUCCUUUACUUUUAAUUGGAGCAAUUGAGAGUUUAAAAGGCGAGCGAUCAGCAAAUUUUCAUCAGCGUUGGUUCAGCAGCGGAAAAGCAAACAGCAUUUUAAACUUAAAGAAAAUUUGCUGUUUUGAAGAGCAAACUUUUGUUCUACUAACAUUAUUAAAUCUGGAAACCAUGAAAGCAGCAGCUAUCAUUUUAACUUGCCUCUUUGCGGCUGCUUUGGCUGCUCCGCAAUACCAGCGGGCUCAAGUAGCUUACGGUGACAACUACGAGCUUGAAGAGAUUCAAAGACAGUGGGAACGCUUCCUUGAGUACCUUCCAUGGCUGAGAGGACAAGCUGGUGCCCAAGGACCCCAAGGACCCGCUGGAGCUCCCGGAGUUGUUGACAACUCUGAUAAAUAUAUUGCUGGACCACCUGGAGCCCCUGGCCCGCAAGGAUAUGCUGGACCUAAGGGAGAAAAGGGAAAUACUGGCGCCCCUGGAUCUACUGGCGCUCCGGGACCUCAAGGAAAUCCCGGAGAUGAUGGAGCACCUGGAGCACAAGGAUUGACUGGUGCAAGAGGCAAUGAUGGAGCUACUGGUGCCCCUGGUGCUCCUGGUUACUCUGGCGCAAAGGGAGAACCCGGAGCUCCUGGAGCUCCAGGCAUGAAUGGAGCACCUGGUGCUCGAGGCAAAGACGGUUACAAUGGAGCCCCUGGACCUUCUGGACCUAAAGGAGAAACUGGUGCCCCUAGUGUAACUGUUCAAUCUAAUGUUCCCGGACCAGUUGGAACCCCUGGUUACCCUGGUAAAGACGGAGCUCCUGGCGCUCCUGGAGGACCCGGGCCCAUUGGCCCAGUUGGAACAACUGGACCCCAAGGCCCCGCUGGUAAAGAUGGUUCUCCUGGUUACCCUGGCAGCCCUGGUCCCAAGGGAGAGACUGGAACUCGAGGUUACAACGGUGCUCCAGGCAAAGACGGACUUAACGGCGCUCCUGGAUCUAUCGGCCCUGUUGGACCUCAAGGCCCUGUUGGAAAUCCAGGCUACGAUGGAGCUCCUGGUAAAGACGGUUCCAAUGGCUUGACUGGCGCUCCUGGAAAAGAUGGAUACAACGGUGCUCCUGGUGCUCCAGGACCUCAAGGCGAACAAGGCAAAACUGGUAAGGAUGGUAAUCCUGAGGGAUCUGGUGCCCCUGGUGGCCCCGGAGCUCCCGGCUCCCAAGGUCUUCAAGGAAAAGAGGGCCCCUCUGGAUACCCUGGCAGCCCUGGCUCCGUUGGACCUGUUGGACCAGUUGGACCGAUCGGACCGAUCGGACCUCAAGGUAAACCUGGAACUCUUGGAUACCCCGGCGGUCCUGGUCCCGUCGGCCCCGUCGGUCCGGUCGGCCCUGCUGGCUACCAAGGCAAAACUGGGCAAACUGGACCCCCUGGACCAGUUGGACCAAUUGGACCGAUCGGUGCUCCAGGACAUGUCACCUACGCCGCUCCUGGGCGCUAUCAUUAAGUCCAGCCUGUAUGAUGCACUGGCUGCCGAAAUGGAGUGAAGUGCCACCAACCAGAACCAUUAAUAAGGCAUUGUGAGUUGGUAUUUUGCUAAAUUCGGGCAGCUUACCGUUUUUUUUAGAUCCAAACAAAACUCUUUGAAAAAAUGUCCGUAUAUAUAUCUAUUUUUACUGGAAAUAUUACAAUUGUAAUUUAAAUAAAGAAAGUUAAAAAUCGUUGGUACAAUCUGGUCUUUAAUUAUUUGAGAUUCCGCAAUCAAUAACAACAAUAAGCAUAUUUCCACAG